UGCCCUGCCCUGCAAAUGCUGCUUGCAAAGCUGCUGGCCUCCUGUCCUGUUAAUUAAGCCGAGCAUCAAGCAUCACUCCCUGGUCUCUUAAUUCACACACCUCCUGGGAGACGUCCCCGAUGCAACUUGGCUCUUUCGAUCCAAGGGCUUCGGAUGGAGGAAGACGAGGCAUCGGCAUUGGAAUGAACGGAGUGCACGUUUGAUAACCGAAAAUUCUGUCAGACGUUAAGUACUGCUGAUGCCAGUCUCCACCGUAUUGGUUGUCGCUUAUGCUUAUCGUCUUCCUCGCCCGCUCCUUGACAAUUUACUCGUUACGGUCGUGAGCCAACAGCUGGCGCCGACAGCGAGCCGGCAAUCACAUCACACUCGUCACAUUUGCUCUCUCUCUCUCUCUCUCUCUCUCUCUCUCUCUCUCUCACACACACACACACACACACACACACACACGGCUGCGGGAUCACAUAAUAACUUAAUGCGGACUGGUGGCAACCAAUGUCUAUCUGCCCAGUUCCCAACAUGUCCCGAGAGAGGUGUGUCAGAGUCUAGACUGGACAAUAGGGCUUUCCCGGAAGCGGCAACACAUAAGGACAGGCCGACCAAGCAGAGAGAAAAGGAAAACGGGGCGUCCCACGGAGGAGCUCUUUUCGGUGGAUGGAUGCUGUUGGAGGCGGCUCCGUCCACAAUGUAUCCGUACCUACCGACGAUAUCGGUAUGACAAGCCACUUGGAACAAGCCCAUCAGCUGAUUGCGGAGACGUCGGUUGCGAGGAUAGUGGUUGCAGUCCCUCCAGCCCUUCUUCUCCUCCGCUGGCGAUGCGGCACGAACAGGCUAGCCCCCGAGGCGACGGGUGGACAACGCUAGCGGGCUUCUUGGGGUCCAACCCCGUAGAAUGCCUUCUUCUUUUACUCUUCCUU